UUCAAGUUCAGCACAGCCGAAGAUCCUGUGUAGCAUUUUGAACGUAGGUGCAAACUCACUCAGAGAAACAAGUGAGCACCAGGAUGUUUCCCCAGUAUGGUCAGCUCAUCUUGAAACCUCAGUUAUGUUCUUUGUUUUUUCACCAUGCUGUGAUUCUGCUCCUUCUGAUAGAUAGGACAGGUCAGUCUGAGACAGUAACACCAUCUCAAACAAUAAUCACAUUAGUUGGUGAGGACGUCAUCUUACCAUGCCACCUGGAUCCUCCAUCAGACGCUGUUUCUGAGACUCUGGAGUGGGGAAGACCUGACCUGGAUCCCAGAUUUGUCCAUGUGUGGUUUGAGGGCCAAAACCAUCUGGUUAAUCAAAACCCAUCUUACAAAGGAAGAACAUCUCUGUCCACUGAGAAACUGAAGCAGGGAGACCUUUCACUGAAACUCUCUAGAGUCAAACCCUCUGAUAAUGGCAGAUAUAGAUGCUUUUUUCCCUCACAGCACAAAGAAUCUAUCAUUGAACUUCUUGUUGGCUCUCUUUCAUUACCAACAAUAUCAGGAAUCAACAUAAACAACAGCAGGGUGGUGUUACAGUGUGAGUCUGCAGGCUGGUAUCCAGAGCCUGAGCUGCUGUGGUUGGACAGUGAGGGAAACCUCCUCUCUGCUGGACCUACAGAGACCCUCAGAGGUCCUGAUGACCUCUAUACUGUCAGCAGCAGAGUGACUGUGGAGAAGAGACACAAAAACAGCUUCACGUGCAGAGUUCAGCAAAGGGAUAUAAAACAGAGCAGAGAGACACACAUACAUGUUUCAGGUGAUUGUGUUGCAGUUCCACAUUUUCCUGCUGACCGUGUCAGCAUUAUCUUAGCAAUUUGUCUCAUAUUAACUGCAGCAGCUAUUUCUGUGUGGAAAUGGAAACAAAACAGAUCUAAAGAGAGAAAGAGACAUAAAGUAGAAGAGCUGCUAAAGGCAGAAAGCAAGGAGUCUGAAGAAUUACAGAAGAAAGAUGAAGAACUGAAAGACCUGGGAGAGCUGAUUAAUAUCCUGAUGAAACAACAGAUUGAGCUGAAAGAAGUGAAAGAUAAACUCGAAGAUCAAAGCAAUACAUUUGCAUCUGAGGUGGAGAACCUGGGCGAGCAGUUUCUGGAAGUGGAUAAGAACACAGAAAAGGACAGAGCAAAGGGAUACAUGGAUCUGAAAGAAAUAAUAAUGAAAAGCAAAAACAAAUUACCACAGCAAAGAUUAGCAUAUGAAGAGAUGAAAACAAACAUUGAAAGACAUCUGAUUAGCACACAGCGAGCAUGUAAUAAAAUGAGAAACAUAAAAACAGAAGCAGAGAAACAGAAGGAAAACAUAAUUUUGCAACUGUCGGAGAUACAGAAACAGAACGAAACUAUUCAUAAGAAAUCAAAUUUAGAGUCAAACCAGGAAACCUUAAACAUUUAAAUACAAAAUAUACAUCUACUUAAAAAAAACAACUCAGGUGCUAAAGCAAACACACACACACACACACACACACACUAUAGAUGUACUGUAUAUUAAUGUAGCAGUAUUUUUUAUUUGAGUAGAGUUAAAUAAGAUGAAUGCAAUUUUAGAUGUGAGGUUUUUGAAAUACAUGAAGGUAAAGUUUGAGCUUUCUUUUUUUCAGCUUGUUUGCUUAAAUCUCUAGCAAGAGUCAUUUGCUCUUUUGGUGAAAAGGCUUAACUGAAUAAAAAACAUUUAUAUCUUUUUGCAUUUUUCUGAUGACAUUUUCUGAAGGCAGUUAUUUUUUUAAAAACUGUGCUAAAAUAGAGAAGAAAUCAAAGUUAGCAUCUUGUCCAGAUAAGAUCUCAUUUAUAUCUGUGCUGCAGUUCAGCCAUUAAGUCAUGAUUCGACAUGUAAUGCACAUCACAUUAUAUCAAAAGGUUCUUUAAAAAAAACAAAACUAUACAUUUCAUAAACAAAACAAAUAAAGUUACAUACUGUAAAGUAUUCUGGCAAUCAUCAGUGCUACCUCUGGGCCUUCUUGUUUGUAAACGAGUAAGCUGCUGAUAAAAUGAAGAAUAGCCUGUAUCCCUUUAUUGGGUGAGAAAAUCAUGACAUAUAAUUUUCUUAGGUCAGAUAGAAAAGAUAUCUGAUCCAUGAAUGGCUGAAUGGGCCUAACAGAGCAUGAUACAGAUGUAUAACAUGCUUAGAAAAUAUGAUGUAAUGCAGCAGAUAAUCUUAUCUCAAAAUAUAUAAAGCAGAUAAACAGCAAUAUGAAACAAACAUAUAUAUAUAUAUAUAUUUCAUGUUUAACUGAAGAAACAUAAAAACUGAAGUUAAUAUGCUUGACAUUUAUUUUCAGGCAUAUUUUGUUGUGAGUGCUUACAUACUUUAACUUUUUGAAUGUAUACCUUUUCACUGCCCAUUGCUAGUUUAUUUAUUUGACCAUUGCUAAUUGUUUUAAACUUUUCUAACAGCCUUCAUCAAGAAAGAGCAGUCUGUGUCUUCACCUCCGCUCUUCUAUCCAUCUCUGAGCUGGCACUUCUUCCUCCUCCUCUUCCUCACACUGUUGAAUUUGUCCUGGUGUAUCAUCAAGAGUAGAAAAACCU